AUGUGUUUGGUGCCAGAUAUGUCAGGCCACAACUUAUUUACUGACCAUUGGAUCUUGAUACUUCUAACAACACACCAAACCAUGUCUCUUCCUCUUCAACUUCCAGAAACCUUUGCUCAGAUCUCACGCUACAAAAUUCUCUAUCCGAGCCCAUCCCCUAUACACCCAUUACCCUCAAUUUCACCGGCAAGAGUCUCUCCGCACCACCCCCGCAUCUCCGUCUACGCCAAACGAGAGGACCACUCCUCGCCACUGGCUUGCUCAGGCAAUAAAUACCGAAAGCUAGAAUACAUUGUUCCAGACAUUCUCUCCCAAGCACCAAUCUACCACUACCAUGAGAACAAUCCAAGUCCACCAGGCCCGCUCAAUGGCCCUGCAACAACCCUCGUAACAGAGGGCGCAAUCCAAAGCAAUCAUACCGUGCAAGUGGCCGCACUAGCACGUAAGCUUGGUUUAAAUGCCUUGAUUCUCCUACACCGUGGGACAGGCGGUGGCCUUCGUGCAGCAAGCGAUAAAGAAGCCUUCCAGCGCAGCGGCAACGUGCAGAUCAACCGUCUUCUCGGCGCGGAAGUACGCAUCUGCGAACAGGGUGAUCCACUAGCACAUGAUGCAACGCCCGUCCUUGAUGAAUUGAAGGCUCGUGGUCAAAAUCCGUACUGGAUUCCUGGUGGUGCAAGCUUACAUCCGCUUGGUGGUUUAGGGUACGCAAGGGCAGCAUUCGAGGUUGCUGGGCAAGAGAAGGAGAUGGGUCUCGGUGGAUCGGGUCGGUUUGACUAUAUUUUUGUCGCAUGUGGAAGUGGAAGCACAGUCGGGGGCUUGGUAGCCGGGUUCAAACUAAUGGAGAAGUUGGGUGAGAAACCGAGGAAAAUCAUUGGUAUAUUGAACUCGCCAACUCAACCACUUGCAUAUCAUGAAGAGAGAGUCCUUAGGUUUGCAAAGAAGGCUGGAAGCUUGAUUGGGCUUCAUGGGGGAGAUAUUGGGGUUCAGGACGUGAAACUAGAUGAUCGAUUUGUUGGGAGCGCAUAUGGCGUGCUUGAUGACCAGGGUAAAGAGACUUUGGAGGUCAUGGCACAGACCGAGGGCAUGAUCUUGGAUCCAGUGUAUACAUCCAAGGUCGCUCGGGGUAUGAUGCAUUGGGUAAAGGAAAGAGAUGUUGCUGAGCCAGGCUCGGAUGAUAUCAAUGUGCUUUUCAUCCAUACAGGUGGGCAGGCUGCCCUCGGGGCUUAUGUAGAUAACGCUUGA